AUGGCAGAGACGGAAAAUGUGUCGUAUGUACCUUUGAAGCAGCCCAUCGUGUUCACAGUGGAAGGCUUCAUCAUAACCAGGCAGCAGGGGUACCCCCUGUUUGUGGCCUCGCUCAUUGUGUACGCCGUGAUGCUGCUCGGAAACAUCACCGUGGUUACGGUGAUAGCCACGGAUGCCAAACUCCACAAGCCCAUGUAUGUGAUGGUGUGCAACCUGGCAGUGUGCGAUCUGCUCGGAUGCACGACAGUCAUGACCCCGCUGAUGUCACACUUCGUAACAGGGAACAACACCACCGCCUACGCUGCAGCCAUUUUCCAAGCCUUCUGUGUGCACACAUACGGCUUGGCCGUCGCCACCAUUCUGGCAGUCAUGGCGUAUGACCGCUAUGUGGCCAUCUGUCAGCCGCUGUACUACCACACCAUCAUGACUAAUAGGCGGCUGGUUUCACUGUGUUUCCUGGUCUGGUUCAUUACGGUCUGCCUGGUCGUGAUACUCCUCAUUCUGAAUGUGCAAACGCCAUUGUGUGGGACGUUAAUCACACAUGUCUACUGCAGUAAUGGAGCCAUUCUGAGGCUGGCGUGCAUCGCCACCCCCAUCAUCAACAUCUACGAAAUGUCUUCACUCUGGAUCAUAAGAACGGGCGGCAUCUUAGUCAUUGCCUUUUCCUAUCUGAAGAUCCUCAAAGCGUGCAUCAUCAAACAGGAGAAAAACUGUCGGAGCAAGGCCAUACAGACAUGCGCCUCCCAUCUCACCAUUUAUAUCCUCUUUGAGGUCUCAAUUUUAAUCAUUGUCAUGACCUACAGGCUGCAAGAGAUCAGCCCCAAUGCCAAGAAAGUCUGCGCCAUUCUUACUUUCAUCAUGCCCCCGACAGUCAACCCAAUCAUCUAUGGCAUUGCCAUGAAAGACAUUCGCAAAAAAAUUGUGAAGUUUUUCAAAUCAACUGUCUCGCCGAAAUAG